ACUUGGGUCUCGAGCGAAUCAGUGUGCGAGUCUCUCUGCCAUUUGCGCGUCGGUACGCGACUACGCGACAGUGGUGAUACCAGAAUUCUACGGUUGCUUACCGGUGCAUAUAAAACUCAGGCCUUAUUAAGUGCGUUUACUACCUAAAUACUUUAUCGACUUGACGAUUGAAUCGAUCAGCAUGGCGGAUACGGAAACCAAGGACGCCAAAGUUGCUACUACACCAGAAAAAAAAGUUGUGGAAGAAGAAAAGAAGGUAGUGGCAGACGUUGAUGAAGAUUCAAAGGCAUCUGAGAAUGGAGAGACAAAGGAAACCAAAGAAAACGGAUCAAAUGAAGAAAAGGAGUCAGAUGAUAAAGAAGCAGAAUCAACAGAAAAUGGUACUUCUACAGAUGCUCCUGUAGAUAGCUGUUGUAUAAAAAGAAAGUCAACAACUUUGAGUGAUACAACAGAUGAAACUGUAACUGAUGGUGCAAGUCCUGAGAAGAAAUCAAAACUUGAAGAAAAGUGUGCUGAAACAGAAAGCAAUGGAGAAGCAGAAGCUACAGCCUAAUACCUUUUAUUUUACUUGUAAACUCAAUCUAUAGAUGCAAUUUUAACAGCUAACUGAAAAGUCAACAGCCAAAAUUUGUCAUCUGUGCAUUGUUAAGACAAACAAAUACUAAACAGAGGAACUUUAACACUGUAUUAAUGACUUUUUAUGUUGACACAUUUGUGUCUCUAUUGCAACCAUUUUUAUAACUAAUUGGCAAUGGCAUUACGUGUAUUCAAAGCAUCUUCAUACAUUUUUGUCUUAAAUUA